AUGAGUUUCAAAGAGGGAGAAGUGGGGGUGAGUGGGAGAUCGGAGAGGGCUGAGAGGUAUAGCUUUGAACAAGAGGAAUAUAAACAAAGAGAUCACCAGCGCGCAACACCACCCGUGCCUGAAGCUGAGGCCGCAGUCACUUACUCGUAUUUCCAGACCACAUCUGUCAUUUAUGUUAGUAUUGUUCCCGCUAUUGAUAUCACAGGCAAUACUAUCAUUGCCACUAAUAUUAGAGCUUCCAUUUAUAAUACUGCUACUAUAACUCCCACCUUUCUAAGAAGGGCGUCAAGGCGGUACAAGGGCGCAAGCAAACCCAGGGGCGUGAGCAACCGCAACGCAGGACUCAAGUGGCUGAAGGCGCACGCUUCUGAGGGGGUCAUUUACUUCGCCGACGACGACAACACCUACGACUACAGGAUCUUCCAGGAGAUCCGGGUGACGCGGCAGGUGUCCAUGUUCCCGGUGGGCCUCGUGACCCGCCUGGGCGUCUCCUCGCCUAUCGUCGCCGAGGGCAAGGUCAUCGGCUUCUACGACGGCUGGAUCGCCGGCCGCAGGUUCCCCGUGGACAUGGCGGGCUUCGCCGUCAACCUCAAAUUCUAUCUCGAGAGAAACGCGCCUUUGAUGCCUUACAGCGUGGGUUUUGAAGAGGACGGCUUCCUGAAGGCACUCAACUUCAGCCCCGGCGACAUCGAGCCGCUGGCCGACAACUGCACCAAGAUCAUGGUGUGGCAUACGCGGACUGUCAAGAGCCUGCCAGCCGUCAAGAUGCCAGACUCAGACAAGGUCCUGAAGACGAACCUCCGGCGCCUCAGGAGUCAGAUGGUUUUCCAGAUGCCUUUCGGGGUGUCCUAGAGCCAAGCUCGGCGAGGCGCCCGCGUGUGUGGCAAUGUCUCUGCCGGCUCGUCGUCCCUCUCGGUUAGGUCUCUUUAAUCGGCGCUGUUAUUACUCACUUACUGUUUGGGAUCGUUAGGAGUGGUUAUUUUAUUCGUUUGUAUUAUUCACUGACGUUUUAAUUAUUAUUCGCCUUUUAUUCGUUAUUAUUAUUGUCACUUAUUCGCUUCUAUUUUUUUUUUUUCGUUGAUUAUUCGGCUAUUAAUCGUGUUUGUUAUCGUUCAUUAUUCACUUUAUAUCAUUAUUCAUUCAUUAUUUAUUCAUUAUUUAUUUAUUCAUUAGUUCAUUGUUAUUAUUUUAUUUUAAUGCGAUUAUUUGUUUAUUUCACUUUUACUAUUUGUCUUCAAGUUUGGUCCUUUUAAUGUCUGCAAGUUCGUUCGCCUUUUGUGCCUUGAAAUAUCUAUUACUUUGUUCAUUUAUCUAUUCAAUAACAAAUGUAUUUAUUUAUUUGUUAAUUCUUAUCUUAAUUUCAUAUAUCAUAACACUAAUUGCACUCUAUUCUAUUAAUCUGUUUAUUAGUUUACCUCCAUAUAUCGUAUUUUAUAUCACAGAAUCAAAGAGAUUUUUCCCUCCAUUAGUCUCAUUAACGGACGAACUUUAAAACCUUCCUGGUGACGUUUUCUUACCAUCUCUUACCAGGAAGAUAUCGUUACUGAAUCAUUACUAGUACUAUUAUAAUUCUUAUUUUCAUUAUCAUUAUUAUCUUUAUUGUCUAUUAUUAUUGUUGCUAUCAUUAUU